GGGGCGGAAGGGGGUCUGCCUGGCGGGUCGCAGCCCUGCCCGCCCGGGGGAUGGGAGCGCUGGGCGGGCUGCGGGCUCAGCAGCACCGACCCCGGCCCCCCGCGCCCCCCGCUACCUGCCCCUCCGGCGGCUCCCGCGCGCCGCGCAUGCGCAAGAGGCCGCUCCGCGCAGCUCCCGCCCGGCUGCGCGGGCACGGCGGUUCAGGAACGGCCGGAGCGUCCGGGAGGUGCCGGGACGAUAAUGAAACGCCACCAUGUACCUUCCAGUAAAGUGGGGGAGACCACUGGUGGGGGACCAGCAAAAAAGUCAUUUAAAUCACAAAACCAGCCAGGGACUUCCAGCAAAAAAAAAAGUACAGAUAAAGAAGGAAGAAAACAAGGUCAAAAAACAAAGCAAGUCAAUCGGACAGUCAAAAGGAAGGCUAAGGAACAUGGAGACAAUUCCCCUGCAGAAGAAAAAGGUUAUUCAAAAAAGGUGAGGCUAACCAGUGCUAAAAUAGGAUCCUGGCAGAUUCUCUCAGAGAGCAGCAGGCAGUUUCUGGAAACCAUAAUGGAUUCAGUAAUACUAUCUGUUCUGUGCCAACAAAGUGAAAGAAAACAUGAUGUUCAGAAGCACCUCAAUUUACUGAAAGAAAGGGUGCUGAAAGUUUUCAAGACAUUAAAAGUGCCUCCAGGGAAGCUGAGCAACCUGAAGAAUGUCUCAGGCCUUCAAAUGGCAGAGAAACAAAUGCUUGAGACAAAUGAAGAGUCUUUGGUACAACUGCAGGAUGAAAUAAAGGACACUGAGCAAUCAGCAGAACGCACUGAAGAAACUGUACAGCAGCUGCAGCACAAAAUCCAGGUGCUCAAGAAGGAGUUAGAGGAAAAUGAAAAAGAGGCCAGGAAGGUAUUCCAGGAAAAUGCCAGUGGAGCACUCUGCCUUCCAGAACUCCCCAAGAGAAGUUUACAGGCACCCACUUUCCAGGAAGAAAUUUUGAAGAUAAAAAAUCAGAAAGGCCUUUUAAAGGAUAUGGAAACUAUCCAGCAGUCAGCUCACUUGAAGAACAUGUUAAGCCUCAUUGAAAAGACCUAUGAGAAGGUGGACCUCCUUUGAGAAACCAAAUAUACAAGAAUUUCCUUGGAAGGAGAUAACCUGUGCCAGCAUUCUGUGCUAGUGUAGAGCAGCAGGAUGCUGAUCAUGGAACCAGUGUUUCCUUCCUAAUGGCUUUACUGUUGUGAUUGCUGAAUUUCUGUUAAAACAUUUUCUAUGAAUAUUGGUAUAUACAUCUGUAGAUACAUUCUGGGACUCUGGGAUUUUAAUUAUCAAUCAAGGUUAGCACAACUGUAAAAGCCAGGUUAUCCAUGAUAUAAAAUAGAACGAGGGCUCUACUUGUGUUUUAGUCAGUAUUUGUCAGCUUUCCAUGCUAUAGCCUGUUUAUUUUUACAAAUGGACAUGUUCUUUGUAUUUUCUGUCUAUUUCUUCUGGUACUGACAACAAGGGUGUCCUUAGUCCUGUAGAAAAUUGGCUCUGUUGCUGUGAAGGUUUAAUGCAGACAGCCUAUGCCCAGAAGGAGUUUUAUACAAAGCAAGAAGUGCAUUCUAUACAGAUUCAAGUGAAAAAAUAAAUUGAUUAAUACCCAA